AUGUUUGUCGCCGCUACUGGUUCUGACCUCAAACCAUCAAACACACGACAUCUCGUGUGGGAGCGUAACGAACCAUGCUUCCAACGUUGCAAGAUCCUUUAACGUGGGUCAAAUUUACCGACAAGAGCCCGAACAUGCCAUGUGGCGAACGUUGGACACAUGCAAUCCGUCGGCGCUCUGCCAUACGAUGUGUUGAAUUGCCAUGUGUCCAACGUUGUAAGGCAUGCGAGUCGCUUCAAGAGCAGACGCGCGGAGUGGGAGCUGGAAAGGGGCGAGGCUGUACUACCCGGCCGUACCGUAUCGCCACAGCGAGGUACAGUACUCGCACGCUUUAGUCUCUCCGUCUCUCGGCGCAGCGGAAUGUCCACGCGUUCACAGCUCCGUGCAGAGCUCUAUUCGGUUUAGCUACUUUUUUUUAGUAGUGGUGUUCACUAUAGGGUUCUCGAUUGUCUCUCAGUUGUGCUUUGGUGUUUUAGUGUUGUGACGUGGGUGUCAAGUGUCUCCAAAGUGGAAAUUUUGACAGUCUUCUAGAGUCUAGGAGAGUAUAUUCCAAUAGUUGUCUCGCGUGGCCAUGUUAUCUUUACUCGAGCCGAAAAGUUCAUUUGCGUACAAAAAACAAAAUGCUAUAGACACGUUUCACUAGAUUUACACCCGACUCAUUAUUGCCAACGUCGCAGACUAACACAAAAAUGU